CGCCGCUACAGUAGUAGGCAAUACUUAUAUAGUACAGCUGAGCUGGUACAUUAAGGCAGCAGCGGCGCGACUCACGGCAGUUUUGUUCGCGCCGCUCAACGGACCAGUCGCGACGCUCCUCCUACCACCACUCGAAAAACAAUUCAUAACUACAAACAAACAAUUGACAUUCGCGUCUGUGUUGUACGGAAACUCUUCUUGACUGAGCAGAUUAUAAGUGAGAAGUGUAUAGACAUGUGAUUAACUUGGUAAACAAUAACUUUGGGACGCGAGUGUUUUGCCGCAUUUAAUCGUGCCAGUGUACGUACGGACGGAACUUUUCGCCAGUUAUAUAAUGUGAAUUUAUGGAUUUUUGUUUAAAAAAAUUAGCACAAUGAUAGAAAGACUGAGGCAAUGUUUUGUGUGAUGUCGGGAUGCUUUGUCUCGAGUCCAUAAUGGCGCGGUGGCGCGAGCGCGGCGAGCGGCGCGAGAUGGAGGAGAGCCGCCGCCUGCGCAGCCUCAGCCUCUGCUCCGCCGAGGGCAGCCUGUUCCAACUCCUACACCGACGAGCUAGCAGUGCGAUACGGAUGCGGCCACCAUUAGAGUCCACCUGCUCAUCUGCCAGCGAGCUGAUCACGCGCCGGGGCGUGUUCUCUCGUAGGCAAUAUGGGUCGGUGGAACAGGUCAGCAACCUCGCCGGACCCAGCGACGGACCCGACUCCUACGUCAGACGUUACCGCCUGGAAAAUGGCAAUUCACUCGGAGAAAAAGAUGAGCUUUUUGGGCCUCACAACACUCCGGUUCUGGAAAACCCGGAGUUUCAAACUCGGUGGUACUUUAAGUACUUCCUGGGAAAAAUGCACCAGAACUACGUGGGCCUGGACUACGCCCGUGAGCCCUUCCUGCUGAGCGUCGUCCAAGAGAGCUCCGCCGGACUCAUGCGGGCCAUACUCUUCAACAAAAAUGGUGCUCAAAAGAUCUACAUCCCGCCGAGCGCCUGGAACACGGACCCCAAGACCGAAGUCCGCACACGGCCGACAGUCAAGCAGAUCCUCGCUCAGUUCCCAUGUAUGGAACGGGUAGAUAAGUUGCCGAGAGAGGUGAGCCGAGAGAUAUCAUGCGCCGAAGUUCAGAAGGACGUGCUGCUUCUAGAAGAGCAGGAGGGUUCCGUGAAUUUCAAGAUCGGGGUCAUGUUCAUGCGGCCGGGCCAACGGACCGACGACGAGAUGCUCUCCAACGAAUUCGGCGACGUUGCGUUUGAUCGAUUCAUCGAACUUCUGGGGGACAGGAUUCGACUAAAAGGCUGGAAUCGAUUCAGAGGUGGACUCGAUGUUAAAGGUGACAUGACGGGAUUGCACUCCGUGUACACAAUGCACCACGGACACGAGAUCAUGUUCCACGUGUCCACGCUGCUGCCGCACUCAAAGGACAACAAACAACAGUUGGAACGUAAACGCCACAUCGGUAACGACAUAGUGAACAUAAUAUUCGUGGACGAGAGGGCCCACGAGACUUUCAACCCGCAGUUCAUAAAGAGCCACUUUACACAUAUCUUCGCCGUGGUGUCAGAGAUCCCCGAGGGCUACAAGCUCAGCAUUUUCAGCGACGACUGCGUGCCCCCGUUCGGGCCCUCGCUGCCGUGCCCCCCGAUCUUCGUGGACCCCAACCUGUUCAGGGACUACCUGCUGGUAAAAAUGAUGAACGGCGAGAAGUCCGCGUUUCAAACGCCGAUCUUCACGCAGAAGCGUCAGCGGACCCUCGACACCCUCAUCAAAGACAUAUACACGGAGCACUGCACGGACCACAAAGUGCCAAUGCUAUCCCGCCGCGCGCUGUCCGACGUGUGGUCGGGCAACAGUCAAAGCGCGGGCGCAGCACGCACGGAGCGGUUCCUGCACAUCGGACAAGCUAUCAAGCUGGACGCAGUGCUGCGGGGCGACGCUCCCACCAGCCUCGCCUCGUCGGGCCAGGUCCAACGGAGCGGCCGCCGUGCGCCGUGGGAGGGCCGCGUGUGGCGCUCGACCCCGCUGCCCGGCGCGCCUGUCUGCGCCGAGCAGAUCUCGGAGGGCAAGCUGCUGCUGUCCACCAACAACAACACAUACAUACUCGAAGACAGUGGCACGACCCGCGUAAUCCUUCGAUGGGAGGGCAGCGUGCGCGCCGUGCGCCUGACGGAGCGCGCCGGCCUGUUCCGCGUCGGCGCGCGCGCCAACGGCGUCAGCUCCGCGUCCAGCAACGCUAGCAGCGCCGGCGUCUACGCCGUCCCGCUCGCCCAGCUGUACGCCGGCGCCUGGGCCAUGCGGCCGCUGCAGGAUUGCAAGCAGGCGCGCCUCUCGCGCACCAAGACCGCGCACUUCUUCGACCUGGUGGAGCACAGGGGCAGGAUCACCCUCGUCGUGUCGGUUAGCAGGCGGGUGCUGAUCAUGGCGGAGGAAGAACGGCUCGACAACGACAAAGGCUUCGAUUACGUGCAUAUCAAGGACGUCAUGCUGGGCGAGGUGCCGUCGCUGAUUAAGUAUUUGAACUACGACUCUGGCGUAAUUGUGGCAGGGUACAAACAUCACUGGGAGGUCGUUGACUGCGGCAGUGGGCAGUGCGUGAAACGAGCCGACAACGCCGAGCAACGCCGCGGCACCCUCGUGAACGCGCUGCGCAUAGGCGACGAGAGGGACCGACAGAUCGUGCUCUGCUACAACCAUACUUGCCACUUCGAGAGGCUGACCAACCGCGGGCUGGAGAGCGAGGCCGAAUACGACUUCCACUGGACUUCCGUGCCGCUGGCAGUCGUGAACGCGUUCCCAUACAUAAUGGCGUUCGCUGAAGACUUAUUGGAGAUACGUCUGGUGGCAAACGGUUCGCUGGUGCACGCCGCCUGCAUCCCCGGCCUCAAGCUGCUGUGUGGACAACGCGACAUAUUCUACGUGGCAUGCGCGCCCGAGUAUGUGCCCCUGAAUGACGAUGACGAGGCCAACCUGGGCCUGCCCCCGGAGAGCAUGGAGCAGAUCCGGCAGCGGCAGCAGCCCUACUCCGUUGAUGGAGACGAGAGGUCAGUCCCGCCGUGCACGAGCGCUGCGGCCCGGGCAGCCGACGCGGCGUCUGCGUCAGCGUCAAGCCGCAGCAGCUCGCUGUCUUCAGAGCACGACACUAUACGCCCGCCGCUGCAGCGUACGGCGCGCGUGUCGCCGCCUAACUCCCCGCAAGUGUCAAGUUCGACUUCGACCGAGCAGCCGUCGACGCCGCUGACAUCGGCUUCGACGUCCCGCUGCGUUCGAGUGUACAAGAUCCCGCACGGCAACCUCGGCGCGGGGGCCUACGCGCGCCAGUCAGUUUCUGUGGACCAGCCUCGGCCUCAAGGAGCGGCCGCGCUGCUUCAGGCAGCGGCGCUGCUGCCCCAGGGAGCUCAGCCUCAAGUGGCCGCGCGAGCCCAGGUGGAGCCUCAGCCCGGGCCCUCGGGGAUCCAGCGGCUCGACUACCACCGCCCAUCCACGUCGCGAGCCCCCACGGAGCCGCGACCAUCCACGUCGCGAGACUAAACCGUGCACAAUUUAAAACUGAUCUAGUCUAUUUACAAAUUUUACUCUGUGUUAUUGAUAUCUUUGAAGUACAUAUACCAAAUAUAUUUUAAAGUAGGUUCUACUGUGAAGGUAGAUUAAUUAUAUUUUUAUUGAAGCGAUACUCUGAGUUUGUGAUCUUAUUGGCCAUGCCCGUGAGUGUAUCUAGGUACUUUGUUUGCCACUACCACAAACAUUGACUUUUCUAUAUGAAUAGUCAUUCAGUCUCCCCGGAUCACAUGCACGGUUGUAUCUCUUAUAUCGUGGUUAAAUCUAGUCUAGUACUAAAUAAAUUAACUAGGUAAUGGAAAAGAUGUGAUAUAAAGUCAAGAUUGACGGGGGAAGGGGUAGUGCGGACUGCAUAGUAGUAUAUCUAGUAAGACGAUACCUACCGCUGUAUUCACAAUAAAAUUGUAUAAAACCCUCAUCUGCGGGUGGACAGCUUCGUCUAACGCUAACAAUCACUUAUGUAUAAUUAUUAUAGGUACCCACUAAUAAUUAUCAUCUACAUCACAAUGUUUGAUGGGUUUGCCUAGUUACUUAUGAAAAUUAUUGAAACAAGUAGUCAUUAAUAAAAUUUAAAAAGUACUAACAUUAUUAAAAUUACAAUACCUACUUUAAAAGAACUGACUUUGACUUUCUGGCAAUUUAGUUAGAUUUCUAUGCACAAAAUAAAUGCUCAAAAUAUUAGAAAGGCGGUUUUAACUAAUUGUCAAAGACAAAGAAAAUGGAAUGCUAUAAAAAGCAUUUAAAAAAUACACUAGUUAUAAUAAAUUAAACAUUAUAUUUAAAAUAUAAUUGUGAAUCUUGAUUCUAAAUGUAAAUAUUAAAAUUAAAAGUCUACACUUGUGUAUGCUACUUAUACAAUAGUGACGUUGAGCAGAUUUUGUUGUAUUUAGGUACCCACACUACCUACUCAUGAGUACCUACGUUAGAUACACAAUAACAUCAAUUUGUUUAUAAUCAUUAUUUUUUACAUGAUUAUCGCUUAUACCUUCGAAAUCUGCUGAUCGACAAAUUAAUUAUUAUUAUACCUAAGACCUACUGUAGGUAUCUACGGUAGGUAGGUAGUCAUCAACAAGAUCUAGUCAAUAUUUCAAUGACAUGGAGAAAUCGAAAUUAUUCUCUGACAUAGGUAACUUAAAAAUUUCAGUCAGUACUUACUUAACGAAUUUCGAAAUGAAAUUGUACCUUAAAUGUCUAUUAGGACACCAGAAAAGAAGUGCCAUCCAAUUAAUUUGAUUAUCUUCUAGCCUUAAUUAAAACUUACAUUUUGCGAUGCAAGAGAAUUGAAACAGUAUUUACUUAAGUAUAACAAUAACUACUGUAUUUACAGAGAUGGAAUUCUAGUAGUAACUAUUUUCAAUGAUAUUAUAUCUUGAUAUUUCAGAGGGUAUAUGUAAAAAUAAAGUAAGUAAAGUGAGGAGAGGGAGAGGCCCAUCGGCCAACCAAAGAAAGAACCAAACUUAUAGCAACUUAAGAUCUCUUUAUAGAAUAGGACAUGAAUUUAAAAACAGUAUGAAGAUGUUAAAUCUAUUUAUAUAUAUUAUAUGUAUACCUAAUGGAUAGGUAUUUCUGAAAUAUAUAUUUUAAGACGCUGAAUGGUACGUAGCCGUCACCAGUCUUCAUGCCACGGAAGCCACGCAUGAUAUUAUUUUAUCUCGACGAUUGUAAUAGGCCUAUGUAAAUCACUUCACUGUUUACUUGUUUACAUGACUGUUAUGUAUUGUUAUUAUCGGAAAUUGUCAUAUUCAAUCACAUUGUUCACACUGUCUGUACCCAGAACAGUCAUGCGAUAUCGAGCAAAAGAUGUGUAUAAACGACAAAUAUACUUUCAUAGAUAUACGCAAUUGAACAAUAAUAUAUUAUGGAUUGGAAAACGAUUUAAAAAAAUCACCUUUAUAUGUUCGUCAGCGUGUCUUUAUUAGUAAAUUUUUCUGUGAUUAAGCUAACGAGGCCUUUGGCGAACUGGUAUAUUUGAUCAAAUUUACUGUUUUAUUGGGUGCAGACGGUACAGUGGCGUGAAAGGCGCCGCACGAGCGCAAUCAUUCCAUGUUGAAAUUAAUACUUACCUAAGUACUAAUUGUUAUCUAUAGUCACUAAUCGUUGUUUGAAGACUAUAUUGAAAUCAUUUUAUGUGAUAUCUACUUGUAAAAAAAACGUAAAAAAUAAAAAAUAAUUAAAUGUUAAAUUUACAAUGUAGGGAGGAUAGGGGCGGUACCAAACCUGAGCGGACGGCUAGGACUGAUUCAAAUGUUCUCAUUGACAACUCACCGGAUUGGGUUGCGUCGCUACUCGUUAGAAGCUUUCUGGAAGUCAUUUGUUAACGGAACUGCAUGUGGAUACCUCCAUAGAUUACUAUAGUAAUGCAUGUACCUAAUCCACAACUUGUGUAAUGUUACCCGACCCGUGAAUAAAUGUCAUAUACCUAGAUCGAUAUUAUUCUCAGCAGUAGUGAUAAAUAAAUGUCAAUAUUUUAUGUAGCGGUUUGAGCCACUGGCCAACCAAAGAUUAAUUAGAUUGUAUGUUACUCAAAAGACCCUUGGGCAUAUUUGGGAUGCAAUGUGAGAGUCAACCAUAACCAUCAAUUUUAGGUGAACUGAUAAUCUGUUUGUGUGUUCUCUGGGCACCGAAUCAUGAUUUUAAUCAAUGGUAACAGCAAUAGCCUGAUAUCAAUGUAAGAAAUUGAUGAAAGUACGCUAACACCUAAAAAACUAUCCAAUAAGUCUGUCCUGUAGACGCUUUAGCAUUUACCACGCCCUAAACGUGCCCUAGGGACAGUACACUAUUCAUAGACCAACAGACUGACAAUGUUGCCGCUCUUAGCAUAUCUGCAACGCAAAUAUUAAUGUUAGAGACUCGACUUUGAACGAUGUUUCAAAUUACAUAAUAUUACGGGACACUUACACAAAUCGACUUAGUCCCAGUAGUCCCACAGGAGGUAAGGAGGCAAAUGCAUAGGGUAUGCAGAUAUGAUUAGCGCGACAGAAUGACUCACAUUUAAAUAUUAAUUACCAUUAUCACCGAAGUGGGACAUGUGUUUACGAAGUAGAUUUUAAGUUAGUUUAAUCUCGCAUCGAAGUUUUGUCAGGGGAAGACUGUGUUAUGGAAAUGAUAAAGGCUAUUUAGGAAUUGGUUUGGAUACCCCUAAACAAGAUUUCGAAAGUAGCGGUAGGGGUCCGAUUUUCAUAUAGCGAUAGCGUUAAAUAAUCUCGUACUCUCUUGAAGCGGUUUGUAGGCCAUAUUUCUACAGUACUCUUAAACGUAUUGCGCCUGUAUUCAGGAAGGUUCAUGGGCAAUACUUAUUUAUCUGUGAACGAUCAGUAUCAGUACCGACACACACACCUCAUCGAGAACUAGUCAGGGUCAUCCGUGGACUCUAUGCAAAAUCGGAGCCUGUCGCUUACUAGGGUCUUUCCAAAAAUCUCAUCUACGCUUAAAGUAUAAGCUACUAAAUGUUACAUGUGUAGAACGUAUAUGUCUAUUUAAAGUAGAUGCUGCGAUGUCUCUUAGGACAAUCUGUUAUGUCCUCGACGGAAAGACCCGAGACCCGCUUCGGUGACAAAAGUAGUUGAAACAGAUAUUAAAAUAAAAACAUAUUGAAGGUGUAACUCAUCCUACGACAAUGCAUUCCUAAUUAUAUUGGUAAUAGAUGAUAUAUUUAGCAGAGUUUAUCAAAUGUUCAGUAACGUUAAAUUGCGUUGCGAGAGAGGAUAGGAAUACUAAUAGAAAUAAAUGAAAUACCUACUGAGCUACCGUCGCAUCUCGCAUAACAUUCCCAGAUGUAGAGGUGCAAACUAAACAUAUCUUGUUCUGUAACCUUUACCUUUCUUUUAAACACAAUCGGAAGUUUAAGGUUUACGAAUUGUGAAUUCCGGUUGGGAAUUUUCUGGUUUCAUUUCUCUAAAAGUUUCGCAGUAACGUUUCUUUCUUCAUAUUGUUUUAAAUCCUUUUUUUAAACUAUUACGUGGCUUUGUUUUAAACAAUAUUUAAGCCAGUUAAAACUAAAAAUUUGUACGGUACCUUAAUCAAUGAAAAAUUGCUGUAAUAAUCUUACUGGUCCUUGACCCGUUUUCCACUGAACGCUGGAGACUGGCCAAUCGCAAGCCCGCGAAGUAUUAUUUCAAUAAAACAUUGACUACGUUGUGAUAAACGGAUCGAAUACGAGUUUUUUUAUAUUUCAUUUAGAUAUGAUCUUACAUAUUCGUACAUUGCAUUAUGUGUGCACCGAAGUCAGGUAGUCCAACCAACUGGGUAUCACUGUACAAAAUUGUGUUCUUCUGUAUUUGUUAUGCAGGAACCCUCCUUUAAACCUCUGUAUGUUGAUUUGUUGAUUAUGGAAUAUUAGCAAUCCUAUGAUCCUAUUGUAAAUUUAUAUAAUAUUUCUUGUAUUUUGAAACGUUAUUACGUGGCUUUAAGAUGAAUGUGACUUUUGAUAUUUUUCACUUCUCUCGACGAUAGCACUUUACGAUUUGAGAUUUUAAUCGUUAUUUUUAUCUGGAGUUUAUUAAAAGAAAUAAAUGUCUGUUCAAUGAGAA